AUGGCGCCUCAGCAUCACUAUACACUGGCGGAUCAAGGAGAACGGGAAGUAGAGGUAGUAUCGGAGAGCAAUACAAACUCAACUGGGAAUGCACACGCAGAGGCUACUGUACCCCAAAAUGAAAAAGGAUUUUCCGAUGAACCUCCAGCAACCCCUUCGUCGGUCGCAUCCACGCUCGAAAAGGGCACAUCCAGCACGUCCCACUGGACCAUUGGGUGGAUGACUCCAAGUUCCAUCAUUACUUGCUUUCUCUUAGCGGCUUCUGUGGCAUCCAUGCAUCUCGGUCUCUUUCAUUGGCUAGACCAGCGUGAAGUCGAAAAGACCAUCAAGCAGCCAUACGUGACAGCGCUAUCUGUUGUAUUCGUGAACGGGUUCCGGACCUUUCUGGCCGCCGCGUUGGGAAUGUCUUUCAUUCAGAUGCUGUGGAAGGACCUGCGCGCGCGCCCGAUGCGCAUCGGCGACAUUGACGCCUUCCUCUCAGUGCUGACGAACCCCCUCUACCUCGGAAAUGUGCAGCUCCUAACAUCGUUCCAUACCUUGGCCAACCAAUCGGUUCCGACAUUUGACCCAGCCUUCAUUGGAAAUGGCACUUUUGCUGGCAUGAUGACCGAAGCACUGUGGCAGCCCAAUUCUUACGAUGUCUAUAGUGGACCUAGUUAUAAGCUUACCCGCGUCGCAAGACAGGCCAUGAUGGCGGGGCAUUACCUUCCAGCUUCGUCUCCGUGCGCUACCGAUUGCUCCUACAGUAUUAGCAUACUGGGCCCCAGCUUCGAGUGCCGCAACUACUCCUCUCCAGAUCUCUACAACUGGGUCAACCAGACCUACCCUCAGACGAGCAUGAGAGGGUAUCUUUACAUCGCAUCGCAAGACAGUGCUGCUCGCACAAACCGCUCAGAAAAUGUUUUUGACUUCGGCCUGCGCUGGAAAAGGGACAAUGAAUACGACAACCUCACCUGCCGAGCAUUCGAGGCGACCUACAAUCUGCACAUCACUUACACGGGGAGCCAACAAUACGUCACGGCAGAGGUUAACCCAAUUCGCCAGCUAAACAGCUCGUAUAUGUACGACGAUGGUGGCGUAUCUCCUCGGACUGGGACUUUGGACUCGCGAAUCAAUGCGACCACGACGGGAGACACCGGAGGCAAUGUUAUUGACAUCUUCCGCCGGGCGAAUUUGGCCGCUAUCCAGGACACACUGGUCCUGGCACUCUCAGGAUACAUUGACAUGCUCAUCAUCCACGGCCAGCCAUCAGCCAACACUAUCAUCUCCCUGACAGACCUAUACACAGGCCCAUCAAACACACCAACCUUCAACAUUACAGGCGCUUCAAUGCAAGAUCUGUUAAAAAACAUUACAAUCUCCCUCUUGACCAUGAAUCAAACAACCACCCAGGUUACCGUUACGAACAAUCUAACGGUGAACGUGUACUCCUUUAGCCGACCGGCACGCCUGAUCGCCACGUACUUUGUGUGCCUUGGAUCGGCGUUGGCGUUCAUUCUCUUUGGCGGACACGCGCUGAUCAGCAACGGUAUUUCUGCUAGCAUGACCGGCAUGUUCCAGACAUUAUGUACUACUCGAGCCAGUGCACGGCUAGACGAUCUGGCGGCUAAGGGCUGCUUGGGAGGUCGAGAGAAUGUUCCAGAUGAGUUGAGAAAUUUGAAGGUUAUGUUCGGGGAAAUUCAAGGGAAGGAUGGCGUGCGUAUGGCUGGACUGGGUUCUGUGGAUGAGGUUACUCCGUUGAAGAGAGGUUCGAUAUGA